AUGGCUUUUAAAAAAAACAUAAGAAGAAGUUUGAUUACCCUGAAGUAUGAUGUACAAAAUAUACAUACACGCAUGGAUGUUUUAGAAACUCUACUUGAGAAAAUUGAUGGUGAACUUUCAGGACAACCAGAUAUCAUUUAUUCAGACAAAGAAGAUAUUAAUAUUAUUAAUAAUGACAAAGAUUUGCAAAAGGCAGAAGAUAAAUUAACAAAUGAUACCUUAUACCGGUAUAUCAGAACUUUGCCUCGGUUAUCAUGCAAUACUUUGGCAGCGACUAUGAGAAAAAUAAUGCAAAUACUAUUCAGCGAUUCAUUUUUAGUGAAGUAUUCUUUUAUUGGUUUUAAAGGUAAAAACCAAUUUUCUUCAUUACAAUGUUGCUCUGUUAUAUUUGAAGCAAUACGUUCAAUUAAAAGGUAUUCUGAAGUUAACAUAGACAUCGAAAAACCAUUGAAAAAUUGGAUGGCUCAAGCAAGUCAAAGAGAAAAAAUAAAAAAGCUU